AUGGGCUCUCAUGAAGUUUUGCCGGCUAUGAAAACAAACCCGAAGAUCAUCUUCUUCACAGACUUUGACGGGACUAUUACUCUGCAAGAUAGUAUGCAGCUUCCAUUACCAUACUUUUUGCCCUCUCGGAUUUAUGCUAAUGAGGCUAUCCUGCAGGCAAUGAUUAUAUGUGAUGCUUUCCGUGACAUGCUCGACAGCGUCAAAAACCCAUUCGACGAGUGUAUCCGCAUCCUCUGCGAUAACAUGCAACUAGACCCUUACUUUGCAGAGUUCUACAACUGGGCUAAAGACCAUAAUGUCCCCAUCGUAAUCCUAUCCUCCGGAAUGGUUCCCGUCAUUCACGCAUUGCUCGUGAAGCUUCUAGGCCAUGAGCCAGAUCAUAUCCAGAUCGUUGCCAACCAGGUGAAGGCACGGCCAGGAAAGAAUAUUAAUGAAGAAAAUGGCUGGGAAAUUGAAUACCAUGACGAUAGUCACUUUGGCCAUGACAAGUCUAUUGAGAUCAAGCCAUACGCCGCUCUAUCAAGCGAUGAGCGCCCCACACUGCUCUAUGCGGGAGACGGUGUUUCGGACCUCUCGGCGGCAUCCCAAACAGAUUUGCUUUUUGCGAAGAAGGGGCGUGAUCUCAUCACGUUUUGCGAACGUGAAAAACUCCCUUUCACCAUCUUCGAAGACUGGUCUUCUAUUCUUGAAAAGACCAAGGAAAUCUACGAGGGCAAGACGAAUCCAAAGGUUAUUGCUGAGCAGCAGCUGCAGGGGGCCUAG